GGUGCAGGCUUGACAGAAAAGUAAGACUGACUAGGUUGGAGACAUUUUCAGACGGCUACAAAAGUUGGAACUAUACUCAAAGCUAUCGCCUGAAUCCCGCAUCUUUUUGCAGUUUAUCCCGAGGCCUUAUUAUUCAGAUUGGAUUUGGUGAUUUUCUGGAUAUAUAUAACUGCAAGACAUGCAACUGUUUGUGAAGGCUGCUAGCCUGGGACUAUCGGUACUGCUCGUCUGUAGUACAGCUCUCGGCUAUUAUGAGUCACACCGCAAUUUCCCAAGUAAACGCGGAUUCUCAAAAUCCAUUCCGUCCAAGAAGGGAAAUCUGUUCUUCAAAGACGAAGCCCCACCGCCCGUGACUGUAGCGCCCAGUCACGAGGGUGUGACAUUCGAGUGUGAGGCGGGCGGUUCACCACAGCCCACCAUCCAUUGGCUGAAGGACGGAGAGAGAAUUGAACAGGGUGUGUUCGACAACAGUAUUGAGGAAGAAACUUCGUUUGAAGACAAAACAGAUAAGAGAGGUCAGAGGUUACUGCGCUUGGGUUCCACUAAAGGCAAGCUCUUCCUGGAUUGUCUAGGGCAGGAAAGUGAGGGCACAUACUCGUGCGUGGCUGAGACACCGUACAAGCGGAUUUCACGUUCUUCCGAACUGCAAAUAGAUAACGUUGCCAACACACUGCCCAUGGGAAUUGACACUCAGCGAUGCUUAGUUAAGAGGUCAAUGAAAGAUGGUGAACCAGCUCGGAUCUACCUGUGGACUGCUAAUCGUAUCGAAAUGGAAGGAGCAGAUGUUCAGCUGUUUUGCCGUGCGACAGGCUACCCCAAACCAGUUAUCACAUGGGUUGACAUAGAAGGCAAUUUGGUGCAGAAAGGGGACGAUCGCUACAAGAUCUUGAGCAACGGAGACCUCCUUAUACAUAAAAUCAGCUGGAAGAAGAACCUUGGAGUGUACAACUGUAUUGCCACAAAUCCCACCGGGACGGACAAAACAGAGACUUUCUUAUACCCCACAACACCUUAAGUGGGCAAAGAGAUCACCAAAGGCUUCCCGCUUGGUUUUCCGAACCUCAGUUCAACGAUUCCCUAAACUUCAAAGCAAAGGACGCGUGGAUUGCACUUGGCGACCAUAAAGGAACUGUAAAAUAUCCGACGAAGAAAUCCAGCUGUGUCUGAAGGCUUGAUCGGGGCCUAACAACAGUGGACCGACCGCCAGCAGAUGUUGCCUGAAAACAUUGUACAUAUCAUCAAGGGUCGAUGCAUGUAAUAAUAUUUGAAUUUUUGGAUCCGCUGUUCUUGCGAAAAAUGCACAGCGAGAAAUUCAAUGGCAGUUGUUCACCAGACUGGAGCAAGGCAUAUAGGUGUCCAUAUUAGGAACGCUCUGCGUGUAUGACUCUUGUCCAACCCAAAGGUUGCCCGGUGUUGCCCUCCUUGAAAUUAACCAUAAAAAAUCUUCAAUAAAAUCGGAUUUACCUCCUCUCUUUUCCUAGAAGGAGACUGAUUAUUCGUCGAAUUCCAUGUUCACAGUUCCCAGAAUUGAGUGCUUCAGCCGAGAGGAUCUUGUCCGGAUUAAUUCUACAUUCUACGACACUAUCUAAAACUUGGUUCUGUAUAUUUGCCGCCACCUUUGGUUCAUUUAUUGUUUAGUUUAUGUAGUAUUUAUUACAGUUGACAUUCAUUUUAUAUUUAUUUGUGUAAAUUUAAAUUAUUUUAUGAAUAAAACAAAUCUAUUCAUUCACGUUAGCAUUUGAAAA